CCGUGUGUGCGUACGUGUGUGCGCUUGUGUGCGUGCGAGUGAUUAGAGAGCGAUAGCAUCGUUGCGCGUACGGUUUUCUCACUGCCGCCGAGGUAUUAACUUGUGUGCGCGCGCGUGUGUAUGUGUGUUCGCCGCGCGAGCUUUUUGCCCAGGAGCGACUCGUCGUCGCCGCAGCAGCAGUAGCAGAACAAUCAGUUUCGCCGCAGUUGACUGCCGUGUCUUUCGCCGUACGCGUUUUCCUCGUUUUCCGGCGCACCGAGACACAUUUACGUGCGUGCGUGUGUACCGCCGUCGCCGCCGCCACUGUCGUCGUCGUCGUGUUUUAUCAUCCGGUCGGUCGGUCACCCGCCCUCCUGUGAACUACCGUAGCCGCCGAUUGCAACUGCCCCGUGUGCUGUUUUUUUUUUUUCUAAUUUUUUACUUCUCCAUUUAACGCCGUCACCGCGGAAUAGAUUUCAUAAUUGAGAAGUCUGUUUGGUUUAUAUUUUGAUAAACAAUAAUUUGUUUUGUCGAUCAUUGAAGUAUCAAGUUUUGAAAUAUAAUAAUAUAUAUCUGAAACUCAUGCUGAAAUUAUUAUAUUUAUCUAAAAAACUGUGUAGCAAGCAAAUAAAAUAAAAUUUAACCACACUCUGCUUACAGACAAUGUUAAUUAAAUCUGCUAUCUUGAUUGUAUCACAAAAGCAUUUUAAACAUCUUCUAAACGACGGUCAAACACCAGAUAGACAUUUUAUCUUUUCAACACUUGAUAACAAUCCAAGAUUUUAAGGUUUAUUUUUGUGAAAUUGUAAUUGGCAAUAUGAUAUUAAUACAUCAAGAAAAUCAAGAUUAACAAAGUAGUUACUGUUAAUAUACAUAAUUUAUCAUAUUUUUGCAAUUAUUUCACAACAAAUCAAUUUUGGCUUUUAACUACUGUGUCAACAAAAAAACGUGUUCGCAUUUGCUUCUAUAGAGCAUGUCAAACACGGCGGCUACUGCUUCUAAUGCUAGUAGUGCUGCUAGCAGCGGAGCUACUACGUCUGCAGGUGCGGCUGCUACAUUUGUUGACCGCAUUGAUCCAUUCACCAAAAUUUCUGUAUUAAAACGCAAGACAAAGCGUUCUCAAGGGUCAUCAUCUUCUUCUCGAUACCGUACAUGUUCAGAUGUUGAAUUGCAACCUUUACCAUUGCUAAAGGAUGUAACUGCUCAGGAACAAGAAGAGUUAAUGAUAAGAAAACUUCGACAGUGCUCUGUACCUUUUGAUUUUAUGGAUCCCAUGGCAGAACUUAAGGGCAAGGAAAUAAAGCGUGAUACUCUCAAUGAAUUGGUUGAUUAUGUAUCAACUUCUAGAGGUGUAUUGACCGAGAACAUGUAUCCAGAAAUCAUUAAAAUGAUCUCUUCAAAUUUAUUUAGAACACUGCCACCCAGUGAUAACCCUGAUUUUGAUCCAGAGGAAGAUGAUCCAACUUUAGAAGCGUCAUGGCCACAUUUAACACUUGUGUAUGAACUGUUUCUACGCUUUUUGGAAUCGCCGGAUUUUCAACCAGCUAUUGGGAAGAAAGUUAUUGAUCAGAAAUUUGUAUUGCAGCUCCUUGAACUAUUUGAUACCGAGGAUCCACGCGAGAGAGACUUCCUCAAGACUGUGUUGCAUCGCAUUUAUGGAAAAUUCCUGGGUUUGCGUGCAUUUAUUCGCAAGCAAAUCAAUAACAUAUUUUUAAGGUUCAUUUAUGAAACGGAACAUUUCAAUGGUGUUGGUGAACUGUUAGAAAUACUAGGAAGCAUCAUCAAUGGAUUUGCACUUCCAUUGAAAAACGAACACAAACAGUUCCUGGUUAAAGUGCUCAUACCUCUGCACAAAGUCAAAUGCUUAAGUCUGUAUCAUGCGCAACUCGCAUAUUGUGUAGUUCAAUUUAUCGAAAAGGACAGUUCUUUAACUGAAUCUGUCAUAAGAGGCCUCCUCAAGUACUGGCCAAAAACGUGUAGUCUCAAAGAGGUCAUGUUCCUUGGUGAAAUGGAAGAAAUACUGGAUGUUGUUGAACCAUUACAAUUUCAAAAAAUUGAAGUACCUUUGUUUAGGCAAAUUGCUCGUUGCGUAUCCAGUGCUCAUUUUCAGGUCGCUGAACGAGCAUUGUAUUUAUGGAACAACGAAUAUAUAAUGAGUCUGAUAGAAGAAAAUAACCAGACAAUCAUGCCCAUCAUGUUUCCUGCCUUAUACCGUAUCAGUAAGGAACAUUGGAACCAAACUAUUGUGGCUUUAGUUUAUAAUGUACUGAAAACAUUCAUGGAAAUGAAUAGCCAACUUUUUGACGAAUUAACUGCUAGCUAUAAAUCUGAACGGCAAAAGGAGAAAAAAAGGGAAACUGAACGUGAAGAAUUAUGGAAACGAUUGGGACAACUUGAAGCAGCUCACAUCCGUAGUAAACCAUUGACUUCAUCAUUGAUUUCAGUGGAUAAUAAUAAUAAGACUAGCAGUAAUAAUAGUAUAGAUACUAUGCCAGCCGCAGUAACAACAGCAGCAGCACCAAUUAUAGUCCAACAUCAGUAGUAAUAGUGGUAGUAACAGCAAUAAUAAUUAUUUUGUCAUUUUAUACACAGUUGUAUUUGUGCGUUAACAUAAAUAUUUAUAUUCAUAUUUAUUUAUGUGCAUAAAUUCUCAAAUGUGUCUAUAUAAUAGUUAUAAUUAAUUAAAGAGUGAAAUGUUAUGAUGUUAUGCGGCAGCUGUUAAUAACAAUAAUAUUAAAUAAUAAAAUUAACAUACAAUGUUGUUAUGAGUGACAAACACAUGCUGCUGUGGUAUGUUUGUACAUGUGUCUUAUGAUCAAUUGUAUUUGUAUGUAUAUAUGUGAUUAUUAUAUAUUAUGGUAUGUUUUACACACAUUUUUUAAAUAAAAAUUGUUUGUGAUGAAUGGUGAAUGGUAAAAAUAAUAUUUUGAACAUUGAAUCUUUUAUGAAUAGUUAUCUUAUGUGUAUUAAAAAAAAAAUGUAUUGAUCUUCCAUUGGCAAAAUAAAAUUUAUGGUUUAAAAUAUCUACAAUAAGCUUAUGUUUUCAAACCAAUCAAUGUUAAUGUGAAUUGUUUGAUUUUGUGUGUACACAAGUGUAAUAAUAUUACUGCAGAAUUUUUUCGAUAUAAUAAUUACAAUAACAAAUUAAUACACAUGUAAAACACGUAUCACUUAUGCAAAUUGUGUAAUUAAAAGCGAUAAUAAACAAUGUUCUAAUUUCUUAUGUAUAUUAAAUUAGAUUUAACCCUCCUCCCAUGUAAGCGUUUGUGUGUGUGUGUGUGUGUGUAAAUAAUAU